CACAGCUGGUGUGUUUGUUUCUACUGAAGCCAUCAGCUCGGUGCGUUCCUCCAUCGCUGGCUCUCGGUCCGUGUGUCAUGGCCUUUUAAGAAAAAUGAGAAAUAGUGGGGAGUGACGUGUGUGCGCGCAGAGGCCGGAGGCAAACUGACACUUGCGGAGCGGCGAGAGACAGCGAGCGACAAACGACCGUUGGGCUGUCCGGUGAAACAAUCCCACCAUGCGUGAAUACAAGCUAGUGGUGUUAGGCUCUGGAGGUGUGGGCAAGUCCGCUCUGACAGUUCAGUUUGUACAGGGAAUCUUUGUGGAAAAAUAUGACCCGACAAUAGAAGACUCGUACAGAAAGCAAGUGGAGGUAGACGGGCAGCAAUGUAUGCUUGAAAUUCUUGACACAGCAGGCACAGAACAGUUCACAGCGAUGAGGGACUUGUACAUGAAGAACGGCCAAGGCUUCGCCCUGGUUUACUCCAUCACAGCACAGUCCACCUUCAACGACCUCCAGGACCUGAGAGAACAGAUUCUACGAGUAAAAGACACAGAGGAUGUGCCGAUGAUUCUGGUGGGGAACAAGUGUGACUUGGAGGAUGAGCGUGUUGUGGGGAAGGAGCAGGGCCAGAACCUGGCCAGACAGUGGAACCACUGUGCCUUUUUAGAGUCCUCUGCUAAGUCAAAGAUCAACGUCCUCGAUAUCUUCUAUGACCUGGUCAGACAGAUAAAUAGGAAAACGCCAGUGGAAAAGAAGAAGGCGAAAAAGAAAUCCAACUGUGUCCUGCUUUAGAGACCCCCCCUCCAGCCCCUGCAGCAGCUCUGAGCCAGAAAUGCUGUAAUGAAGAACUGUUGCCCUGAUUGGAACGUGCCAGCAUUCCAACAGCCCCGAAACCUCCCCGCCACCCCAUACAACCACCCACCCAGCCCCGCCCUCCCUCCAUCAGCCAUAAACGGUGAAUCAGCUGACUGAACUGCUCCUAUCAAAGAUGAGGAUGAUCUACAUGAGAGAGAGAGAGAGAGAGAGAUGGGGAGAGAGAGAGAUGAGAGAAUGAAGAGAGAAAGAGAGAGAGAGAAAGACAGUAAGAGAGAGAAGACUCUGGUCUCUCGCCUUUGAGGACCUUCCUCUGUGUCUCAGUUUCAGUGUGAACCCCCGAAUGGACAGUCUCCAUUUCUGCACCGACAAACAAAACGCCACAAACUGAUGAUGAUAAAUAAAAGUGCAGCGAAGCCUCUGAAAGUUUAAAAAAAAGUGUCCAAGAGCCACUUACACGUGGCCAGAGAGCAGCCCCUCAAUUUCAUUUAUUAUGACGGUUUAACAAAAAGAAAACGACCGCGUUAAAGAAGGAAAACAACGUUAGAACUUCAGUAUUUUUCAUCUUUUUCAAUAUCAAUAUCGUAUUUGGAAGACAUGGAAGUUGACCUCUUUAGUUGUAUGAUUAUAAAUAUUCUUCAAAAACAAGCAUGAAAAAAAUGCAUCAGUUAUUAAGUGUAGAUGUUUUCAAGUGGAAAAGUGAGAAAUUUUUUAUAGCCAUACACCUACUGUCCAUGCCUGUCAUGUCAGUGAUGAUAGAUCAAGGUCUAUGAUAUGUAUUAUUAUUUUUAUUAUAUUUUUUUCUUUGUUCGCCCUGUUGUUCAUGGACUUCUCUUCUGCAGAUAUCUCUCUUUGAUGUGACUUAAUUUUAUACUCAGUCACUGGGAUUUCAUAGCUCCCAUAAUAUAUUCUAAUGCCAUUUUUUGCAUAAUAAUGCUUCAGAAAAAAAAUGGGCCUUUUUAUAGAAGAAAUAUGGGGAAAAUAAGGAUUGAUUUCUAUGUCUCUUGAAGCUGAAAUAUAUUAUACUAAACCAACUCUAAUAAUGCUUCUUGUGUUUUUCUGUCAAUGAUUUUCCAGCUUUUAUGGAUUAUUAAAGUACAUUUUAGUACAUUUUCAUUA